AUGGCCAUCAUCCUCUUAGUCACCUUUACUGUCAUGCAGCUUUUGUGUUGUGUCUAUAUCAUUAAAUAUAAAAUAACCACUGUGGAGGAAGUUGGCAUUGGAGACAAAAUAUUCAUACUUAGUCUUAAUGAAUUAUACAUAAGGUACCCUUUCUUUAAUAUUAUCGAAAAUGUCGUUCUCUCUUUGAUUUCUUUACUAAACUUUAUCGUCGUAUUUUUAGCAACAGUCAUAACUGUUGUCAGACUGCGCAGUGCCAUGGCCUGGAGAAAGUCUACAGCUAGCUCGUACCUAAUGACUCAGGCGGUGGUGAUAAAGAUGCUGGUGGCUGUGUCAUCGAUCUACAUCCUGUGCACAGCUCCAACAAUCAUCUUGGCCCUCAUGAGAUUCACUAUCCCCGAGUUCCGUGAGGACGGUCGCUAUAGCAACUUGUUUCUGAUUACGCAUUAUAUCUUUACUCUUCCUUUGAUGCUUCAUUUGUCCAUCAGCUUCUUUAUUUAUUCGAAUAUGUCUUCACGGUUUCGUCUCGAGCUACAGACUUUAUGUUUGUGUUUAAAACCUGUAAAACCAUCUAAAAUCGUUCUCGUACCUAACGGCUCAGGCAGUAUUGAUGAAGAUGCUGGUGGCAGUGUCAUCCAUCUACAUCAUGUGUACAGCUCCUGCUAUCAUCCUGGCACUAGUGAGAUUCACUGUCCCAGAGUUCCGUGA